UUUGAGCUGGUUCUCAUUAUCCCAGAACCUGUCCUUCACAUUCUAUUAAAAUAGCCUAGUAUCCUUCUACCACCAACGCAGAUCUCCCACACUCAACAGAAGGGGAACGUGGAAACUCCAACGGAUCCCCACACGCCGAAGCUCAAAGCUAGCCUGGGCUUAUUCAGGUUCCUCUAAAAUCAGCACUCCCGUCGGAUUUUUAUGUCACCUAACGUAUACAAUGUUACAAAAGGAUCCAACCAGCAAGUUAAGUGACUUGGAGAAGCGCCAGCUUGCAUUCGUUUUAUACAGUAGUGAUGUAACUAUUGACAGCGAAGUCCGUUGCCCAAAAGGGCAGAAACUAUCCUCCAGUUUACUGUCGAACUCUUGGACUAGGACUAAAUCAUGCGCACGCCACGAGAAGCUCAAAGGCAAGCUAAGCGAGUACAUAUUUGACCUGAUUAAGUUCGAAGUCAGCGAAAGGAUCGAUGACUACACCAGACAGCGCGGGAGCAUUACAGAAACAGAGCAAUACCUACGGCAACUAAACCACAUGUGGAUGGACAGUUCUAGAUUUGCAAAGGAAUACGGCAAGCCGACGGGAGCAUGGCCUUAUCAAAUGAAUAAGUGCGACGCCUGCAUGGUUGCGCGAGUAGCACAGAAUGCCAUUGCUUUAAAACAGCUUAGGGCAUUCCUAGAAGCUCGUGCCUUAAAGACUCGUUCCCAGCGUGAGAACGCAUCCCAACCCAGACUGCUAUUUUGGGCAAAAGCUUUUUUGGAUUUCCAUGAAACGAAGGUUAGGAAUCGUCUGCCACGAUCAAAAUCGCUGUCCCACUCACAUGAUCGCCCGCGGCCAUUAGCUGAAUCUGUACCCGAGCGCAAGCUGAAAACAGAUUGGACAGAGAUGACGAGGGCUACUAUCGAAAAAUGGCAGGGGCUUGAAGCGUCUGCUACAGUACCUACGAACGAAACUUAUUCAGGUCAUGGCCUGGAUUGCUAUACUGCCGCAAUGAUAAAACGGUCAAUGACUGUGGGUCGUAUGGAGCAUGAUCGUCAACGAUCUCGCCGUACCCGUCAACAAUUAUCCCGGAACCCAUUGGCCGACAAAUCCAUCUCAAAUAUUACUGAUCACUAUCACACCCUCGGCCGCAGCCAGAGCCUCAGCCACCGCCGCAGUAACGAAAGUGAAUAUCUCAUCAAAAACGAUCCCAGGACGCCAGACGGCGAACCGCUCUCCAGUGGCUACAGCCAACUGGGCAAUUACCCCUGUCCGGACGCGGAAGCUCCAAAAUCCCGUCGCUACUCAGUCGCAUCGCUUUCUUCUAACUAUAGUCUCUCACCCCCCGCUACGCCGGUUAUAGAGCAGCCCACGAGCCGGGGGAAUCGCUAUAAUGAUGCGCUGUUUUCGUCUGCGGCUAGUGAAACCCGUACCGCAACGGCCUCUGGGACAGCCGCGGUGUCUACUACCUGUGCAGGCGCAGGGCACUAUGGCCGAAACGGCAAUUGCGAUACUAAUCUCGAAAAUGUACCCGGUCUUGAACACGAUAACGAUGCCCGCUAUGAAAGAAAGUAUAGCAGAUCCGACGCGGCAAAAGUGGCACAUCAGUGGGCACAAGGUUCUCAGCAGACGUCAGGCGCAGGCGAUUCGGAUUCAGAGUGGGACGACGAUCUCGUUCAUGAGAGUGAUGAGGGGCAUUCUCAUCCUGGCGGUGAGCACCAAGAUGGAGACGGUCGUGCCAAUGGCGUUGGUUACGGUAUUUCUAACCGGGGGCUGUGGGGUUUGGAGUCAACGCGGUCGGGAGACGAUGAUGGCUAUAGUCAUGGUUAUGGUUACAAUGUUGCUAAUUAGGGGCCGUGUGAUUUGGAUUCAAAGGAUCUGCCGAGCCCGGUCGAACAACCCGGAGGACUGGCACGGCCGCCUAGGCAUGCAGCAUCGAGUGCUUCAGUUCUAACUACGUUGAGUGGGUUACUUGAGGACCGGGGAGAGGAGUGGAACAAUGCUGCUAUGUCUAGACGUCGUUGAAUAUUGGCCAUUUUCCUACUUUCUCUUUUCUGUUUGUCUGUGAUUGCCUUUUUGAUGCUCAAACUUGAUAUAUAUACCCAAACCGUUUACCUGUCUCUGUCUCUGUCAUGGCUUUUUUGUAUUGUAUUGUUAGCUUUUGUAAAUUACAGUACAACCACUGUGAACCGUUUACUUCUUCAGCAGAAGACAAUAAGAACACUGUAAAAUAAUUUUAAUUAAUAUUAGCGUCGAAUUAGUUGGCUAUUUUGGGUUGUAGUUUCCCUCGUGGGUGAGACUAUUCAAGGCUGUUAUACAUACAUGGCUUGGUGAAAUAAAGUCAAGGCCAAGGUGAGCGGGGUGAAAAAGGGAGACCCAAAGAGAAAGGGAGACAACCUUGAAGAGAAUAAGUAAAUGAUGUUAUUUUUAACGAGUAAAACGAAGAGAAGGUAGAAAAAAAAGGUCCAAUAAAAAUGUAUUUAGAAUAGAACGGGAAGGAAGAAGAGAAAAAAAAAGAUAACUAUUGGGUAAAAAGGGAUGGUUGUCACAUAGGCGCUUCUAUAAUACCAAUCCCGUAGAGAGAAA